CCCCUUCAAUGCGACCAUAGCUUUACCCACUAUUAUUCUUGUUGAUCAAUCUCUUGGACAUUACGUUUUUCAUUUAAAAUUAUUUUGCAGCUAUAGUGUUUAACCCGCAUAAUUUUGCGACGGAACCUCAUCAGAAAGAACGAUCAACUGGCGUUGACUGGAGCUUAAAAUCGCCUUUCAUCUCCGUCGCCUGCAACAAUUCAUUUUUGUUGUUCUCUUGAUCUGAUUACAGCGUGACAGUAAAAAAUGGUUUGUGUGGCGUGUCUGUUACCAAUUUUUCUGAUACCCAUUGUCAAUCUUUUGCCCAUAUUAUUUGAUUUUAUUGUGGGCAAAAUUUAUGUCCUAUUCGGCAAGGAAUACAGGCGGCCAGAACGUGUUCCACCCGCAUGCCCGUACAAGCCCGCCAACAAGAAGGUGAAAAAUGGAACAUGGCUUGAACAGGUAGAGCCUGGAUCUUGUACACCAGAUAUUGUUGCUUCUGAAAAAUUGCCCGAGAAUGGCAAGGAAAGUAUUAGCAAAGAAGAAUGAGUUGCCUAAAGUCCUAAGGAUAUGAAGACACAUGUAUAUGUGAGAUGAGACUGAAUUUUUAUGUACACUGAAAGGUGGCAUUGAAGCAUUUUAUGGAUUUUAUUUUGGUAGUUGUAUUUGAACCCUUUGUACCUUUCAUCAACUGUGCUCCCAGUAAAUCAAAUGGUAGUCAAUUGUGAUUCUACUAAAUGCAGUUCUUGUAGUUUGAAUCACUUGCUGUCUAUACCAAAUGUAUUGCCUCUUUGAGUGCAUGAUCUCGUUGUUUUUGGGUGGUGUUUAAUGCAUGCUUGAUCUCUUGGCUUUUGGGUGGUAGUUGAUGCAAAUUGUAUAUUGAGAAUUCUUCUUUGUCAUCUAUUAAUGCUAUCAUUCCACCUCAACAAAUUUGUAUUUGAGUGAUAAUGUGCUGUAAUAUAUGGUUAUGCUUACCAAGUCUUGAA